GCCUUCCCCUCUCAUGUGGCUCCUCCUCUGCUGUCCCCCAGCUGGAGGGCUGGGGGGAGCGGGGCGGCACCAGCGCCCCUGUGCCAGGUGCUCAGAGCGAAUGCGAGAUCGGAGGGGGAUUAUGUCACUCCUUCGAAGGAUGAAUUAAACGUGCUUCCUUCCGUGUCUGAUUGACAGCACCACCCCGGAGACCGGAGCAUAUAAAGCAGCGGCUGCUGCCCGGCCGCCAGUGCGGGGCCGACCCCAGCUCGCCUGCAGGGAGGGCUGAGCCUCCUCCGGCCUCGGUCCUGGUCCCUGCGCGGUCCUGGUCCCUGCGCCGCACCCCGCACCGCACCGGCCCUUGCCACCGCUGGCUCCCGCACCGGGUUCGGCUGCGGACGGCAGGAUGCUCGGGGCGCUCGUGCUGCUUGCCCUCUGGGCCUCGUCCAGCGCUCAAGCUGGUGACCAGGACGAGGACAUGGCCUUCGACCUUUUCAGGAUCAGCAACAUAAACCGAAAGACCAUCGGGGCCAAGCAGUUCCGGGGGCCCGACCCCAGCGUGCCAGCGUACCGUUUCGUCCGGUUUGACUACAUCCCGCCGGUGAGCGCAGAUUACCUCAGCAGGAUCGCCAAGAUCGUGCGGCAGAAGGAGGGCUUCUUUCUCACGGCCAGCCUGAAGCAGGACCCCAAGUCCCGGGGCACGCUCCUGGCGCUGGAGGGCCCCGGCGCCCAGCGGCAAUUCGAGAUUGUCUCCAACGGCCCGGCAGACACGCUGGACCUCACCUACUGGAUAGACGGCACCCAGCACGUCAUCUCCCUGGAGGACGUGGGCCUGGCUGACUCGCAGUGGAAGAAUGUCACUGUGCAGGUGACGGGGGACACCUACAGCCUGUACGUGGGCUGUGACCUGAUCGAUAGCUUCACGCUGGACGAGCCUUUCUACGAGCAGCUGCGGACAGAAAAGACCAGGAUGUACGUGGCCAAGGGCUCUGCUCGGGACAGUCACUUCAGGGGUCUGCUACAGAAUGUCCACCUAGUGUUUGAAAACUCAGUGGAAGAUGUUCUGAGCAAGAAAGGUUGUCAGCAAAGUCAGGGAGCCGAAGCCAACGCCAUCAGUGAGAACACGGAGACACUGCACCUGAGCCCCCAGGGGGGCCCUGAGUACGGGGGCCCGGGCGCCCAACGGAGGCCGGAGGUGUGCGAGCGCUCCUGCGAGGAGCUGAGCACCAUGAUCACCGAGCUGUCCGGGCUGCACGUCAUCGUGAACCAGCUGCAUGAGAACCUGCGGAAAGUGUCCAAUGAUAACCAGUUUCUCUGGGAGCUCAUCGGCGGCCCGCCCAAGACGAGGAACAUGUCCGCGUGCUGGCAGGACGGCCGGUUCUUUGCGGAAAACGAGACCUGGGUGGUGGACAGCUGCACGAAGUGUACUUGCAAGAAAUUUAAGACCGUUUGCCACCAAAUCACCUGCCCCCCGGCGACCUGUGCCAACCCGUCCUUCGUGGAAGGAGAAUGCUGUCCAUCCUGCUUCCACUCGCUGGACGGCGAGGAAGGCUGGUCCCCGUGGGCCGAGUGGACCGAGUGCUCCACCACCUGCGGCUCCGGCACUCAGCAGAGAGGGCGGUCCUGUGACGUCACCAGCAACACCUGCUUGGGGCCGUCCAUCCAGACGCGGGCCUGCAGCCUGGGCAAGUGCGACAAUCGCAUCCGGCAGGACGGGGGCUGGAGCCACUGGUCACCAUGGUCUUCCUGUUCUGUGACCUGCGGUGUCGGCAACAUCACGCGCAUCCGGCUCUGCAACUCGCCUGUCCCCCAGAUGGGGGGCAAGAAUUGCAAAGGGAGCGGCCGUGAGACAAAAGGCUGCCAGGGCGUCCCCUGUCCAAUCGACGGCCGGUGGAGCCCCUGGUCCCCGUGGUCCGCCUGCACCGUCACCUGUGCCGGGGGGAUCCGGGAGCGGACACGCGUCUGCAAGCCCGAGCCCCAGCACGGCGGCAAGGACUGCGUGGGCGAUGUCAAGGAGCAACAGAUGUGCAAUAAGAGGAGCUGCCCCAUAGACGGCUGCUUAUCCAACCCCUGCUUCCCCGGCGCCCAGUGCAGCAGCUUCCCCGACGGGUCCUGGUCCUGCGGCUCCUGCCCCGUGGGCUUCCUGGGCAACGGCACGCACUGUGAGGACCUGGAUGAGUGCGCCGUGGUCACGGACGUCUGCUUCACCACGAGCAAGGCCCACCGCUGCGUCAACACAAAUCCAGGCUUCCACUGCCUGCCGUGCCCCCCUCGCUACAAAGGGAGCCAGCCCUUCGGCGUCGGCCUGGAGGCAGCCAGGACUGAGAAGCAGGUGUGUGAGCCUGAGAACCCAUGCAAGGACAAGACUCACGCCUGCCACAGGCACGCGGAGUGCAUCUACCUGGGGCAUUUCAGCGACCCCAUGUACAAGUGCGAGUGCCAGACGGGCUAUGCGGGCGACGGGCUCAUCUGCGGGGAGGACUCGGACCUGGACGGCUGGCCCAAUAAGAACCUGGUCUGCGCCACCAACGCCACCUACCACUGCAUCAAGGACAACUGCCCCCUGCUGCCUAACUCUGGGCAGGAAGACUUUGACAAGGACGGCACUGGGGACGCCUGUGAUGAUGAUGACGACAACGACGGUGUGGACGAUGAGAAGGACAACUGCCAGCUUCUCUUCAACCCCCGGCAAUUUGACUACGACAAGGAUGAGGUUGGAGACCGCUGUGACAACUGUCCAUACGUGCACAACCCCGCACAGAUCGACACGGACAACAACGGCGAGGGGGACGCGUGCUCCGUGGACAUUGACGGAGACGAUGUGUUCAACGAGAGGGACAACUGUCCGUACGUCUACAACACUGACCAGAGAGACACCGACGGGGACGGUGUGGGUGACCACUGCGACAACUGCCCCCUGGUGCACAACCCCGACCAGACCGACGUGGAUAAUGACCUUGUGGGAGACCAGUGUGAUAACAAUGAGGACAUCGACGAGGACGGACACCAGAACAACCAGGACAACUGCCCCUACAUCUCCAAUGCCAACCAGGCCGACCAUGACCAUGAUGGCCAGGGUGAUGCCUGUGACUCAGACGAUGACAACGAUGGUGUCCCCGACGACAGGGACAACUGCCGGCUUGUGUUCAACCCUGGCCAGGAGGACUCGGAUGGUGAUGGGCGUGGGGACGCCUGCAAGGACGACUUUGACAAUGACAGCAUCCCAGACAUUGAUGACGUGUGUCCCGAAAACAGUGCCAUCAGUGAAACCGACUUCAGAAACUUUCAGAUGGUCCACUUGGACCCCAAGGGCACCACCCAAAUCGACCCCAACUGGGUCAUUCGCCAUCAAGGCAAGGAGCUGGUGCAGACGGCCAACUCCGACCCCGGCAUUGCUGUUGGGUUUGAUGAGUUUGGGUCCGUGGACUUCAGUGGCACAUUUUAUGUCAACACCGACCGGGACGAUGACUACGCCGGCUUCGUCUUUGGCUACCAGUCCAGUAGCCGCUUCUACGUGGUGAUGUGGAAGCAGGUCACGCAGACCUACUGGGAAGACCAGCCCACCCGGGCGUAUGGCUACUCCGGCGUGUCCCUCAAGGUGGUGAACUCCACCACGGGGACAGGCGAGCACCUGAGGAAUGCUCUGUGGCAUACGGGGAACACCGAAGGUCAGGUGCGCACAUUGUGGCACGACCCCAAAAAUAUCGGCUGGAAGGACUACACUGCUUACAGGUGGCACCUGACCCACAGACCGAAGACAGGCUACAUAAGGGUCUUGGUGCACGAAGGAAAACAGGUCAUGGCUGACUCGGGACCCAUCUAUGACCAAACCUACGCCGGUGGUCGACUGGGUCUGUUUGUCUUCUCUCAAGAGAUGGUCUAUUUCUCGGACCUCAAAUAUGAAUGCAGAGAUGUCUAAGCAAGACUUGCCGCAUCUCCGGAAAUGUACUGUAGACGCUGUUACCUAGGCCCCAGUCUCUGCUGGUGCUUCCAGCUUCUCUCUCUUUAGCAGCAGCUCCUGUCCUUGAUCUUGACUUUGAGGGUCGCUCACCGUCGCCGACCCCAAGCCCACGUGCCUCCAGAGGGUGCGUGUUCGUGGAACCCGACGGGGAACAUCCCGCCCGCCGCGGAAGACAGCCUGAUGAUGCACCAGACUCUACGUGCAGUGAAAAUUGAACAUGGCAUUACAUCGUUUUCUCUUGUUUGUUUAAAAAGAACGACGUUUACAUAUAAAAUGUAAUUACUUAUUGUAUUUAUGUGUAUAUGGAGUUGAAGGGAAUAUUGUGUGCAAGCCUUUGUCAUAAAUUAAGCAGGAAAAAUAUUGCUACACGACUUUCAGUGCUUAGAGCCAUUUCCAUUCCUGGGUUAGAGCUGUUGCACAGCCGCAGGCAGGUGGCCAUGGGGACGGGUCCACUGGAGUAUGAAGUAGUACCGUGUAGCCGAGAGGUCAGGGAUGUCACACCUCGGGGGGCCAGCUCCAUAGUGGGAACACGCACGGGAAUUACGAGAACCCCGCUCCCCUGCCCACUGCCCGAGUCCGCGGCCUCAACAGGGCAGGGGUGCAGCUUCAUCUGAGAAGGGACACCCUGCAAGGCGGUGCCCACAUGGGUCCAGGCAGGGCCUCUCAGAGCCCCCGUUAGAGAAGUUAGCAGAGCCGAGCAGGCCGCUCCUGCCCUGCAGACUUGGGGGAGCUCCUGGCCUGUUGUCCCUUGAUUUUCUGAUAGCCAGAGUUUCUGCUUGAGCUUCUUUCUCAGUCUCUGCUGCUGGAGAUCAAGCAAGCGGGCAAACACACCAGCAAAUGCACUUUAGCGUCUAACUCCUAUUCUAGGCUUCGACACUAUGCAAGAGCUGCUUACCUAAUCUGGCCAAACCUUCCCCCAAGGUUCCACUUAUAAACGUUUUGUUAAUAUUUAUUAAAUGACUACAGAAUGCAGCUCCAUUCACUAAUAACUUAUUUUAAACAUGUCAAGUAACACAUGAAGUGUGAUUCCUAGGGAUGAAAACAUACCACACGCAUGAUAAUACAAAGAUGAAGUUACAGCAAAAUACCUUCCUGUCAAGACCCAAGCUCUGCAAUAUUAUGUUGUCACGACAAAGCAUGCUUAAAACGGAGGAGGAUCAAUAAAUGAUUGUGAAGAGUUUAUAAUGGAACCUUUAUCUAUACUGUCGCCAGCGACUGUCCUUUGGUCUGUUACUGUUGCCGACCUGCUGUACAUAGGAUUUGAGACUUUAAUGCUGACGAAGAGUCAGCAUCCAGCCUGCUGGGCACACCCGAUAACCAGUCAUACCAUAAUAUACACACGUUUUUGUUUCUUUUUUUUUUUGCCUUAAAUUGCAUGAUCUUUCUACAGGAAAUAUUAAUCUCACUCCACAGAAGGGGUUUAAUGAGAGGAAUUGGUUUUGUCUAAUGCAGGCGAAUCUUUCUCCCCUUUCUGUCAACAGCGAUCUCGUUUCUAUGCAAAAUAGAGAGGAUUCAUGACUUUUGUCUCAACUUCCACAUUUCAUUCGAUAAAGUUACGUUUGUUGCUUC